AUGAUUCAUUCAGAUAAGCCAGAAUUAACAGUUGAAAGCGUCACUUAUAGAAAAUGGAAAUCGGUUGAUGUGUCAUCUUUUAAUCACGACAUUGCUGCAUCGGACCUAUCCACAAAACAAACGAACGAUCUAGAAGAUUUGGUUGCUUGCUAUGAUACUACUCUAAAGGUUGUCUUGGAAAAACUUGCACCAUCUAAAACUAAGAUCAUAGUAAAACGACCACGGGUACCUUGCUUUAAUGAGCAACUCAGGAAGGCAAAGCGAGAAAGACGAAAAGCAGAGAGAAAGUGGCGAUUAUCUAAGUUGCAGAGUGAUUUUUCUAUUUUUAAAAUGAAACGAACUGCGGUAAAUCGAUUAUUUAAUCGCUACAGCCCGUACGGAAUAUUAUACGAACAUCGUUGAAGAGAACAAGGGUGACCAGAGAAAACUGUUUAAAACAUGUAAGUGUUUAUUUGGUCAACAUAGCGAUGAUGGCCUUCCUCCUAAUUUGGAUUGUAAGUCUUUUGUCAGUGACAUGGGCAAAUAUUUUGAACAAAAGAUCACAAAUAUACGUAGCCAAUUAGAUAAUAAUGAGUUGUCCAGUGUCCCCGAUGACCCGCAAAUUGCUUCUCCUGUGACCGAAUCAAAUGUCCCGCAGUUCUCCGAGUUCACUCCCCUUUCUGAAUCUGAUGCUAAUGUAUUAAUUAGCCGUUCUUCGUUAAAGACAUGCCACCUUGAUCCAGUGCCAUCCAAGUUAGUUGCUCAAUGUGAUGCAUUACUAUCUGUAAUAACAAGAAUUAUGAAUCUCUCACUUCAAUUUGGUUGCUUUCCGUUUAGCUGGAAAGAAGCACUUGUUCAUCCACUCUUGAAGAAAAUUGGUCUUGAAGCUACCUUCAUGAAUUUUAGGCCCGUGAGCAACUUACCAUUUAUAUCCAAGCUCGCUGAAAGAGCUGUAUUCGAACAGACACAUAUUCAUAUGGUAGAUAACGAUCUGUAUCCAUCUGCGCAACCAUCAUAUCGAAGGAAUCAUAGUACUGAGACUUCUCUGCUGAAAGUGAAGAAUGACCUUUUGAUGAACAGGAAUGAGCAACAUGUCUCGCUCCUUGUACUACUGGAUAAGAGUACGGCGUUCGAUACGGUUGAUCAUCGUAUUCUUCUUGAGCGUUUAUCAUCUAAAUUUGGUUUUACUGGAGGUGCUUCUAGUUGGUGCCGCUCUUAUUUAUUCCAGAGAUCUCAGCGCAUAGCGAUUCGCGGAACAGUUUCUGAGAAGUUUGAUGUGCCUCAUGGUGUUCCUCAAG